CGGAGGGCGGGGAGAGAAGACUGUGACUUUGGGAUUGGCCCGGUCGGGUGCAUGUGGCCCACAGCAAGCAGCUCCCGCCCAGCAACCGCCGCCUCAGCCCCAGGAGAGCGCGGAGGAGGAGCCCAUCUCCGACAUCGGGGCCCACGAAGGAGUGGGGGUCCGGGUCGGUGUCCCCCGCCCGGGCAGUUUCUGCCUUGACCGCUCAGCCUGCUUCCAGGACAGCCAUUCCCAUGGAGACCCCCGAGGCUAUAAAGCCAGGUAACCAGGCGCGCAGCUGCUCCCGAGCCGCUGAGCCCCCCAAGUAAGGAGCAAGCGCCCUAGUGUGGCCCGGCCCCCGCAAGAGGGGAGGAGGCGGAGGAGCGGCGCCAGCAGCUUGAGGAGCCGCGUCGCCGGGCGCCACCGUCUCAGCAGGGGAGCGGGGGCUGCCCCGGGUGCGGGUGAGUGGCGCGGCUCCAGGCCACAAGUGACUGAGGGGCGCCGGACACCUGGAAAGCAGCGGGAGAGUCAGGAGGGGGCCGAGUUUCGGCUCUCGUCGCCUGUGGCCGGCCAGGGCGCGGAGUAGCAAGCAACCUACACCUCCAGGCAGGCGGGAAGCCCAGGGAAGGAGCGGAGACUCACCAGGCGUGCGGCCCAGGAGCGGCGGGGCAGCGGGAGCCGCGGGGGGACAAGAGUGGGAAGAUCAGGACCCUCGGUCGCAGCCGCCCACGCGCAGAGGGAGCCACACUAGAGUACCCGCGAGGUCCAGAGCCCAGCGGGGCACCGGAACAGGGGCGCCCCCGUGCGGAGCUGCCUGGCCGCCUGAGCGCGGCAGCAGGGGCCAUGCUCAAGCCCAAGGACCUGUGCCCCCGAGCGGGUACGCGCACCUUCCUGGAGGCCAUGCAGGCGGGCAAAGUGCACCUGGCCCGCUUCGUGCUGGAUGCGCUGGACCGCAGCAUCAUCGACUGCCGUGCGGAGCAGGGCCGCACGCCUCUCAUGGUGGCCGUGGGGCUGCCAGACCCCGCGCUGCGUGCGCGCUUCGUGCGACUACUCCUGGAGCAGGGUGCGGCCGUAAACCUGCGGGACGAGCGCGGCCGCACGGCGCUCAGCCUAGCGUGCGAGCGCGGCCACCUGGACGCCGUGCAGCUGCUGGUGCAGUUCAGCGGCGACCCCGAGGCGGCCGACUCGGCAGGCAACAGUCCGGUGAUGUGGGCCGCGGCGUGCGGCCAUGGGGCGGUGCUCGAGUUUCUGGUGCGCUCUUUCCGCCGCCUCGGUUUGCGCCUCGACCGCACCAACCGUGCGGGCCUUACAGCUCUGCAGCUGGCCGCCGCCCGCGGCCACGGAACCUGCGUGCAGGCCCUCACCGGGCCCUGGGGCCGCGCGGCCGCCGCCGCCGCGGCCCGGGGCUCCAAUUCCGACAGCCCCCCUGGCCAUCCGGCUCCCGCGCCCAGCCCCGAGCGCCGACGACCCAGCCCCCGCCGCCUACCGCGGCCUCUCCUAGCGCGUUUUGCGCGAGCGGCUGGCGGCCAUGGUCACGGCGGCGAGGUUGGCUCAGGGGGCAAGAGCUCGGGCCGGCACCGGGCGCAGGGCAACGAGCGGCCCGAGUUAGGCCGGAGCAUGAGUCUGGCUUUGGGUGCAGUGACAGAAGAGGAGGCGGCUCGACUGCGGGCAGGAGCCCUGAUGGCCCGACCACACUCGCCCCAGUCUUCGGGGACCGGGAGGUGGCGUUCGCAUGAGGUGCUGGAGGGAACGCCCCCAACCUUAGUACAAGCCCCGGCUGGUCUUAGCCCCCACCCCGAGGGCGGCCCCGGCUCUGGCCGCUUGGGUUUGCGUCGACGCUCUACAGCUCCAGACAUCCCCAGCCUAGUUGGGGAGGCACCAGGCCCGGAGAGCGGCCCGGAGUUAGAGGCCAACGCUCUGGCCCACUCGGUACCUGGGCCCCAGCCUUGGCAGUCAGGCACGGAGGCCGUGUUGCUGCACGCUCAGCGGUAAAUAGCGUGGAGGACGAGCUCCGUUCCCUGCACCUUUCUGUCUCUGCUCCACUGGGAUUUCUUUCUUCCAGGUCCCUUAUUUCCCUGGCAGUUUCCCUACCCCCCAUGAGCCUAGAACCUGUCCCCACUGCCAAGGCGAGUUGCCCUCUCUCUGAAAGGGCAACUGUUAUUUAUUUUUUGUGCUUGUUGGUAUUUUUGGUAUUUUCUGCCUAAGUCUCUCACCUUCCCUACAGCCUGCCUUUCCUGUCCUGGAAAGGGGAAGAGUAGAAGAAAUGGUUCCAUGGGCUUCCAGUCAGGAAGCUGGAACUCCUUUCCUCUGCCUAAGGCUCAGCCCUGAGUCUGGCUGGCUCCUGCCGGUCCCAUUCCCAUUUCUGGGUUUCUCCACACACUGGCAGUCAGGUGGGCAGAAGAGCAGACUUGCAGAACAAGGGCCUAUGCCCCCUUCCCUCCCAGUGAGCUGACAAUAAUGCCACAGGCGACCUAAGUCUCCUUUUCCCUUAAGGGUUGGAGAAGGGGACUGAGACCUGCCUUAGAGCCUUUCUGGACAGGCGGGCUGAUUAGGAAGGAAUGUGAAGGUUAAGUUUUCCUGGGGAAAAACUCCUGCCUCAGGACAAUGAAAGCAUAUUUUGGACAUGGGAGAGCCCCCGGUGUUGAACACUAGUUGUCCCUUGAACCGGCUUCUGGGUAAUUACAGCUUACCCAGGCCCACCCAGGAUUCAACUUAAUUGACAAUGUGGGGUUACUGGCCCACACCAACCCCUACCCAGCCAAUCCACGGGCUCGGUUGCAUUUGAGUACCAUCCUUGAGGUCUCACCCCUCCUGGCCCAGCCUUACUUCCUCUCACUAAAAUGGAAAGGAGUUAGUGUUUCCCCACCCCCAUCGCCUCCCAGCUCCCCCAUCCCGCACGUGGGUGCUCCUGCAGGGUGGAACGGUUGCGAAGGCUUUGCUUAAUUGUACUUCUUCCAAUCCUCAAAGAACUCGUCUUUUGAGCCUUUGUAUAUGAAGCAGAAAGCAGCAGGUCUGAUCCGAGGCUUAAGAACUUGACAAUGUCUCUUUAAAUAGAAGCUCCGCGAGGGGGAUAAUUGACUGAAGUGUUUGCCACGUUACACCGCGGCGCGCGGGAGUCGGAAGCCCACACGAGCAGCAGGUCCGGGUUUAAAUUACAUCAAACUCUGGCGAGAGCUGGGAGAGGGCUGUUAAACGGCUCUAGCUUCUUGCUGGGCGGUUAACGGAGGGUCGGGCGGAUGAUGGAUGCUAGAGGUCGGGACCGAGGACCCCUGCCUCUGCCCGACACGUGGGACGCAGGCCCCGCCCAGCGUCAUUACUGGGCAGAUUAGUGAGUCAGAGGCAACUGCGGAGAGGUGGUUGAAGGCCCUUUCCCUGCCUGGUCCUUCGUUCCCUCCCUCCCCGCCUUCUUCUUUUUGCCGGCCUAACGGGGGGGAACUAGCGGUCUGAUGAAUUGUAUCUGAGCGCCCAGCCUGCGUGGUUGCAGAGCGUGGGGGCUGUUGCUGUGAAUCCCGAAGGUUGAGCGUGCACCCAACUCACCCAGCUGCGUGGUGAUCAUUUCAAGACGUCGAUCUAUUCAUCUUUGCAGAACGGAAGGUUUCUCACCAAUAACUCUAGGGAACUGCCUAAAGAAUGACCUGUGCUGAGAAAUUGGGCCUGGGGGUGAGGAGUGGGUGAUCAGGAGCGGGCCUGGUGUCGGUGUCAGACACCUCCCCAAAUCCUUCCACCCCUCCUGGCCCGCGAGGCCGUUAGGGCCCCCACACUGAACGCGAUCUCUGGUGCCCCCUGGUGGUAGCACUGCGCUCUUCCUCGCCUCUCCCUGGCUGGGAGUUCCGACUUACGGUUUUAUUUGGGAUCACCGCUGUGUACUUCUCUCUCCGUGUGCAUCUACCAAUGGAAUCCUCUAACUCUUGUAGUAUAUUAAAUCCUGAUACUUGAAGUUAUUUCAUAGCAGUGAAGGGAGGGACAAUGAAUAAAAAAAUUCACAUUUGGGGUAGCAGGAGCCCAGACCCUUCACUAAGGACCCCAAGAUCUUCCAAGCUAAGGCUCCGUGUCCUGAGAGGUCCUGCUGUCUUCUGAAAAAUUAGAGCUUCCAACCCCUUUCUUAUGAUUUCUGAACCUUGGGACGUACUCAUUACACACUGUUUUCUUCUGAUGAGUUUUGCUUUCGUUUCUGGGGGUGUUUUGCCCUUCCCCCACUCCUUGCUCCUCAGACUUCUGCCUCCCCUUAGUCCCACUGUCUGGGUGGUGGGUGAACGAUACAGAAGGGCCUGAAAAGCCAGAGGGAGAGUAUCUGGGGUGGGAUGGAGGGUAAUUGGAUACCUCAAGUGCAAACUCCUUUUUUCUGAUCCUUGCUUGCUCACUCCCUUUCCAACUGUGUUUAAUUUUCAUGAAGUUUUUAAUGGUGUAAGAAUACAAGUAUUUUGGCUUUUUCAGAACACCAUGAGGUCUGGGUUGCACGUUGUGCUGAAGGUGCUGUCAUCUUUCAAGUGUUGUGACGUAGGGCUUUCUGGUUGAAUGUCACAUUGCGCUCUCUUUAUUGGGUAAACAACCACGAGUGCUCCUCUCCAUGGAGCUGCCAAAGGCUCAGUGGUUGAAAGUGAUGUUUCUAAAAAAAACCACAGCAGAUUGUUUCUGUCUGAACUUAAUUGUGUGUUUGACUGACUUGCUGUUCUUGCAGAUUUCUUACCAGGCCCAGCUCUGUGCAGAAUUUAAACGUUUCACCACAUUUCGCUCUCCUGAACUUCCUCUCAUUGUCAACCCCCAGGCGUUGGGGUUGGGGUCAUCUUUCACUCUCUCCACUUUAGAAGAGACUUUUCUAAACAUUUUGCUUGUUGCUUUCGUCGCUGUGAAGAGUCACCCAUGCCACUGGAGCUCAGUACCAACUCAGCACUGGCCUGUGUGAGGCUGAAUGACAUACGCAUAUGCUUUUGGAAUGACCCUGUGUGGUGGAAAGACUAUUAGAACUCAGAAGAAUAGUUAAUAAAUCCAGUCUUGUUCAG